CGGAUCAAGAAUUAAAAAAAAGAUACCAAAGCCUACUCCACCUAUAAAUCCUGGAUUAUUUUUUUAGGGCAGACAGCUCUGAAUUUUCCAAAAGCGGCUACAAAGAAAAGCAAUGAUCAACAAAAACAAGGAAAUAGCCGCAACAUACGCCCCGCAGCCCUCUCUACUUUAAAAAGAAAGUGUCGGUGAUAGUUAAAAAUGAGCUCUUAUGUUGACAGCUCCAAUCUCAGGCAAACAAGCGAGACAACUUCUCCUAACACUAUGUUUAGUUUCGAUCUAUCUGGGCGCAGGUCCAGCCGUUAUGAGGGUGUUAAUGUGAACGGGAUAUUCACUUGUCCCGUCCCCACGACCUCUGUUGAACGGGAGGAGAUGAAAACUAGCCUGCGUGGCAGUACGGAUACUCCUCUCCCGUCAGGACCACAGAUAACCAUGGUCUCCAGUAGCUCGUCCGUGGAUGCCAGCGGGCUCAACUACGGCAGCAGCACGCUGCUGGGACUAGGGGCAGACAUAGACCCGGAGAGGAGCGCAAAACCGGGCGGCAACAAGAGCCAGGAGGGCGAGAGAAACGCGGAGAACACGCAAACGAUGAAACGAAGCACAAAAGUGAGCCAGCGGCAGGACAGUGAGCAGCGGCCACAGAUUUAUCCAUGGAUGACAAAACUGCACAUGAGCCACGAAUCGGAGGGUAAGCGGUCCAGGACCAGUUACACCCGCUACCAGACUCUGGAGCUGGAGAAAGAGUUUCACUUCAACCGGUACCUGAGCCGCCGCAGGCGCGUAGAGAUCGCCCACACCCUGUGUCUAAACGAGAGGCAGAUCAAAAUCUGGUUCCAGAACAGACGAAUGAAGUGGAAGAAGGACUCAAAGAUCAAAGUGAAGGAGUAAAAGUGCACCAGUGAACGGGGUGCAUGCAGCACGUUUUCAGCCCCACACUGCACAGUGCAGGAGUGCCGCCUGACCUCCGGAUGAACUGCUAGGAGCAAUGACAUCAUGACACCGCUCUGUGUGCUUCAUCACCAAUUAUGUGUCACUUGCUGCAGUUUGGGACCUAAUGUAUUGAAUAUCACUCACUUUGAUCAAUCGGUUUACAUUUCUAAAUUAAUUUGCUGCCCAUGCGAUGAUAACCUCACUUUACUGCACGAAGGGGACACGAGGUUGAGGGGAGCUGGGGUCCUUCACGCUGCAAGGCUUUGCUCUGCAGUGCACUGAAAGGCUGCACAAUGCUACUAAUAAUCUAUGUUUUUUAAUUAGGAUAAAAGUAGUGGAGGCUGGGUGACAGCCUGCAUCAUGUCCAACUCUAUAUCAUCGUCAUGUGAUAAAACUUCAAGGUCAGAAUCAAAUAAAGGCUGAACUAUUUCUAACUCCUUUGGAAAUCAGUUGAAUAGUUUUUUCCACCAGUAAAAACUACUUUUCCCACCUCUUUCCUUUUCUUUUUUCAAAUUAAUGUCGCAGUGCAAACACGUUAGGCCGUGGUCGGAUGUGUGUUGUAUCCAGUGAGCUAAUAUCUUUGUGAGUGGAUUUCUGUCAAAGGCAUCGUCCAUGUUGUCUGUCAUAUGUGAAUCUAAAUCAUUGUGUAUAAUUCAACGACUGUAUGUGAUAAUAUUGUGAUGUGCAAUGAAGCCAUUUCUCUUGCCCCUUUGUAAACUUUAAGGUGCCUGGUUUACACAAGGCCUGGAAUAACUGAUAGGAUGGCUUAAUUGUUGACUGUAACCAAUAAAGUCUCAUCAUUAAAAGUGAGGAAAAUACUAUACUGUCAGUAUGAACAUUUCUGUUAUUUUUCUGACAUAUAAGGGGUUUGUAGCGGACUCACACAGCUCACGCAUAUUUAAUUACUUUUGUGCUUUAAGUCCACUGAAUUAAACCACUAUAGAAAUUGUAUUCCACCCCCCCUACUUCUCUUUUGUUUUGUCCUCCUGAUCACGUUUUAAGUCUGGCUCGGAAUCCACAGAAUUUCAUUGACUGACAAAUGCGCUCUGAAGUUUAAGGCCCUCAUAAAACUUUAUUGCCCCUUUUCCACCACUCCACCACAGGCAGACUCCGUUUCCUGUUUGGUCAGGGAAGGAAGGGACACACUAGCCUGUGAUAACACUCGCCCACAACACAACGUGGAUGCAAAACUUUGGCUUCCUGUGGCCGCAGACUGACGCGCCAUCACUGUCGAGGCCAUAUGGCGACUUUAUGAUAUCGCCCUGCUCUUUAAUCCUGGCAUCAUUACACUGUAGUUAAAUCAACACUAUCUGCUACUAUGGAGGACAUAAAACCAUGCCAGUUGCUGGGUGUCUGUAUUCGGCAGCAGCUUUUGUAGAAGUAGUAGUAUGACGCAGUAUAGCCCACGGUUAGGAGGUAAUUUCUCUAUAGCACUACUUAAAGAAAAUAAAAAUCAACUCACCUCUCAAACUAAUAGCUUCCUAUUCAACUUCCUUGACGGUUAUGAGAACCGGUCAGCGCAGCGUCCACUUUCUCUGCGCUCUGUUAGGCCUAACCUAUACAUGGACAAUGUAUUGAAUCCCUUUUUGUAUGUCUUUCUUUUAGGGUAUUUUAAAGUUUACAAGGUUACAUAUGCCAAUUGCCCCAAGCAGGGCCUGUGAAUGGUGCAUAGGAAGCACGUGGUGUCAUUUAAGUGGGUUUUAUGGCCUGGAAGAGCUGACAAACCUUCGAUAUAUACACAUCAUAUAUAAUCUUAACUGUCCGGAAUCGCAGCUGCUGGCUUCCCCUUAUCUGAGGAAGAAAGGGCUUUGUGGCAGUGAGGAUGCAGUACCUUUCUCCGGACUGUGUAGUCGGGUGGUGCGGAGCUGAGAGCUGCUGCAGUAAGUUGCUUUUUAACUUUGCCUUUACAGGCCUGCGAUUGUGCCGUUAUUUCACCGUGAAAGAAUAUAGUUUAUAUUAGUGUGACUUUAAAUGCAUGGUUGUUCAAAUUAUUAACUUCAGAAUUAACGGUAUUAAUUGAUAGUGAAUAUAUGCGUUUUAUAAUUAUAGAACAAUUACAUUUUUUUUAAAUAAUCGGGAACCUGUUCGUUUUUAGAUGUUUUAGAGGAUAUCUGGUGUCGUACAUUUCGUCGGACAGAAACGGGAUAAUACGGAAAUACCGCUCAUGGUCAUUGUGUUGUCAUGAGGUUUAUUUUUUUUUCGCAGCAUCAUCUUUAUAUUUGUACCAGAUUUUGAUCGUAGGGAAUAAAAGCAAAACGUGGAUGUUUUAAUGCCUCUCAACAGAUUUGAGACACAGUGGCAGUCCGUUUGAUUCAACAGUUUGUUUUGCAUGUUAGUCCUGUCAGUAAGAGCACAGAAAAAAAACAUUUUAAAGGUGACUGUGACGAAAAUGAAA